AUGGACGACGAUGGCCCGGGUCCCCCCCCGCCCCCCCAGCCACCGAGAGGCGCUGAUCGGUCGUCGCUGCGGAGCGACAAGGACGAUGAGGGCAAGGAGGGGGACGACGACACCAGCGGCAUGGGAGCCGCUGCUGCCGCUGGAUGCCGGCCCAGGUCGUUGUCGUCUCCAAGGGGGACUGCUGGAUCGAUCGGACGGUAAGUCAGUCCGUGAAUGGAUCUGAUGACACGUACAUGAGGUGAUGGCCUGCUUCCUCUUUUUUUCUGUAUUCUAUGUGCCUCUCAGUGACGAUUCCCGUCAAUCUCGCGACCGUCGCGCCCGCAGUCCGUCCCCCCGUCGCCACCCCAACCGGCCCGGAGUGACCGACGAUCACUUCAGCUACGGAUACCCAGACCCCCCACACACCUCGGCGCUCCACGAAGACCCAUUCACCAUUAAUGACGCAGCACAGGCGGGUCUGCGGUGGCAGCAGCCACGCAGGCACGCACCCAGAGACCGAGAGGUCACCCCAUCCCACCCACCACACAAUGGGGACCCGCCAUGGGAGUCUGGCCAGAGGGGGGGCUCGCUGGCGACAUUGGGAGGGCGAGGAGGGCCUGUCUUGUGCGGAUCAGCGCGUCAAGGCGAAGCUGAGGUUGCUUGA